GUGGGGAGGUGUGUGACAGCGUCCCCAGGAGAUCAAGGUCCUGCCCCUAGACUCCGCCUGAGCAAACGUGUGCUUCUGUUUUUAAGGGACAGUUCUGGCAUCUUCCCCAGACCCGAGGCUCUCAUUUAGAAGGAAUUCCUCGUGACUAGACAUUCCCAGGGAAUCCGCUACCCCCUCUGGUUCUCUGAGGUCAAGGCAGCUCUGAAGUGACCUCAGAGACCUCCCUGGGAGGUGGUGGUGGUGGUGAUGAGACGGGGGCUGCCUAGAUCUCGGGGGCCUAGGCGCUGUCUGCUUCAGUGGCUGUGUGGCCUUGGCCAUGUCACCGCCCUGCUCCUCCGUUUCCUAGAGUGUCACACGAGGCUAGAGCCGUCUCCCCAGCAGGAAGGUCAGGAGGCAAAGGGUCAGGUACCGGGCUGGGUAUCUAGGAAUUGACUAGGUGCUGGGUUCUCCUGCGGGGGUGAUGAGGAAGAUAACACGGUUGCUGAUACAAGAGUCCUGGCCCACAACCUGUUCCCGCCAUCAGGUCGCAGGUGGUAGGGACGGAUCACAGGCUGGGAGCCCCUGUCCUUGCUGGCAGGAAGUCAGAUGUGGGCAUGGGGAACGGCGGCUGCUGCUCAGACUUUUGCUUACUUGUGAAGAAUGAGGGAACCUGCAGAGUUGCUACCCAGAGCAUUCAAGCAGCUCUGAUUUAACCCUUGACUGAAUACACAGCUGUUCCAGGAACAGACAGGAUCCUAUGACCAGCCUCUACUUCCAGCACAUAGAGAUGGAGCCAAAUAAUUCCUUUCGUGUGGACUCCGAGUUCCGAUACACCCUCUUCCCAAUUUUUUACAGCAUCGUCUUUGUGCUGGGGGUCAUUGCCAACAGCUACGUGCUGUGGGUCUUUGCCCACUUGUACCCUUCCAAGAAAUUCAACGAGAUAAAGAUCUUCAUGGUGAACCUCACCAUGGCUGACCUGCUCUUCCUGGUCACCCUGCCCCUGUGGAUCGUCUACUACUACAACCAGGGCGACUGGAUUCUUCCCAAAUUCCUGUGCAACCUGGCUGGCUGCUUCUUCUUCAUUAACACCUACUGCUCAGUGGCCUUCCUGGCUGUCAUCACUUACAACCGCUUCCAGGCAGUGACAAGGCCCAUCAAGACUGCUCAGGCUACCACCCGCAAGCGUGGCAUCCUUCUGUCCCUGAUUAUCUGGGUGUCCAUUGUGGGCGCAGCAUCCUACUUCUUCGUCCUGGACUCGACCAACAUGGAGCCCAACAAGACCGGCUUGGCCAACAUCACACGCUGCUUUGAACAUUACGAGAAGGGCAGCAUCCCAGUUCUCACCAUCCACAUCUUCCUGGUGUUCAGCUUCUUCCUCGUCUUCCUCAUCAUCCUCUUUUGCAACCUGGUCAUCAUCCGCACGCUGCUCACGCAGCAGGUGCAGAUGCAGCGCAAUGCGGAGGUCAAGCGCCGGGCGCUCUGGAUGGUCUGCACGGUCCUGGCUGUGUUCAUCAUCUGUUUCGUGCCCCACCACCUCGUGCAGCUGCCCUGGACCCUGGCCGAGCUGGGCUUCCAGGACACCGACUUCCACCAGGCGAUUAACGAUGCACAUCAGGUCACUCUCUGCCUCCUUAGUACCAACUGCGUCUUAGACCCCAUUAUCUACUGUUUCCUCACCAAGAAGUUCCGCAAGCACCUCACCGAGAAGUUGUACAGUAUGCGAGAGAGCCGGAAGUGCUCCCGGGCCACCUCGGAGACGGGCACGGAAGUGGUCAUGCAGCUCAAAGAUGUCCCUGUCAAAUCCGUCAAAUAUUAGUCUAACUGUUGGAGCCAGGCCCGGAGGCUUCUUCUCCAUGGACAUCAUCGACUGACCUGAGGGGUGGGGGAGGGAAGGGGUGUCUACCAUGGUCCUGGCACCUCCUCCCUGGGCACUGGUGGCCGGUUAGGUAUGGAGGCUACCUCACCAAGGUGGGGGUGCUGGCAGAACCAGACCGCUGGGAAAUUCAGAACUUAAAUGAGCCCCUUCAGCCACCUUUGGACACAUGCCAUAUAACCUUGGCUGGCAGAGUCAUCCCAGUGUGAUGGCUCUGGAAGGGAUGUCAGGACCAGGGGGGCAGUCCUUGGGAGCAGACCCUGAGUCACCCAGUUCACGCCACCAAGCUGGCAGUCCCAAAUGAGUCAGGCCCACAGUUUUGGCCCACCACUCCUGUUAUCACUGAAAAGACAGAGAAGGGCUUUGGGGAAAGGGAUGCUCCCCUGGCUAUGGCACUAUCUUUGGGAUAGACUUCUGAGCCGGGAAUAUCCCACCCAGUCUCCACUCACAGGCACAAGGUCUUUUCGACACUUCCUAGGGGAGGGCCCCAGGUGGAAGGGGAGCCACUUCCACCUGGCUUGGUGGAACAUUUUCCUAAUUCAUGUAUAAACCUCUACUGAGUGGUGACCAGCGAAGAUACAACAUGCAUGGACCAAAAACUAGGACAGGGAGCCUUUCUCCUGAAUCAGAUGCGUCUCUUCCACCGGCCUGGGGUAGCUCUGGGACAGCGGGAGAAACUCAACCGCCACUUCCACUGUCUGUUUCAACAAGGAGCUCUGAGAAAGUAACUCCUGUGAGGCAGCCACCCACUGUGGGCGGGCAAAGCCCGUCAAAGCCAAAUUGGGGCCCUCCAGGCCACUGUGAUGCCUGGAGGCUUCCAUGGGAAAUGACACUCAGGCUGAGAAGUGCCUGAGGGUAGGUGAGGCCUCCAGGGCAGAAGGAGCCUGUCAUCUCCCCUCCCUGCCUCACUUUCUGGGAGGCCCCUCUGAUUUAGCUCCCAGGAGGUGAGGGGAGCAACUAUAAUCCCUAGGGAAGGCAGGCACUUUGAACUCUGAGUGCAGAAGAGAGGGGGAAACUUCUCUUGAGGACCUUUGGAUGUCGGAUCCUCCUCUCUCACCCUGAGCACCUGCAGUGUGAACCCAGCAGCCUCAGACUCAGGGGCUUGGAGGAGCCUGCCCCGAUUUCCAGAAACCAUCCUCCCUUCCAGCCAGUGUCCCUGCAAGGCUGGGAUCCUGGUUUCCGGCACACUGGACUGAUUUUCAUAAAUGCCUCUCAAAGGGCCAGUGACCUGCUUGGUACAGUCGCCAUGGGCUGGACUUAGCAGAGAUGACCAUGUGAACAGUGGAGUGGAUUUGAACUUUGGUGUCACACAGACCCGGUUUCAAGCUGUGGCUGUGUCACUUCCUGCCAAAGGACUGCGAGCUGGAUUUCCUACCUCAGAGUUGUUAGGAGGAUCCGAUACCUCUUGGUCAGGGUGACUGCUCCUCCCAGAGUCUCUCUAUUUUUGAGACUUUGUUCCCCCUAAAUCUUCCAAUAGGGGAUGAGAGGUGAGUGUCUGGCUCUUGUGGGGCCAGACAGGUUCUCGCUCGGGAAUAAGCAGCAAAAUUCAGGGAUGCUCUUUCAGGUUCUGCAGGCCACUCACUUGAAUGCAUAUAAACUCUGGAACUGUGAGUGUGUAUGUGUGUCUACGUGUGUGAGGUGUGUGUGCCGCCAGCACAGCAGGGUGGGGAAGGUAUCUGCAUGAAUGUAGUAGAGAUAAUAGCUUUGCUCAGAGAGAAGAGAUGUGCAGAGUCAAGCAGAGACCAGAGGGGACCCCAGGGACCAGCUGGCUCCCCGCCUCUACGUCCAGCCCUCUUGCCCAGCCCUUCUCGAGGUUCCAAUCUGCGCUACUUCCUUUGGGUCCUUGUGAGAUUCCCUUGUUAGGAUACACUUUCCUGUUUUGCUCAAGUUCAUUUGAAUGAGUGAUAAUAUUGAUUACUUUGCAACCAAAAGAGCUCUGAAGGAGAUAAAUACUUGUAUGCUAAAGCAGUGUUUCUUGAAUUUCAUCCGUUUGUGUACCCAUAUCAUGAAUUUUGCAAGAUCCAUGUACCAUCUGUAUGUUUUGCUCAAUAAAUAUUUUUCUCUGGA